UGUAUCCUAAUCCUGCUUCUCCCUCCCUGCCUCUCCAGGUCUCUUCCUCUACCUGCCUCCCAUCCGCCUUCUCCACUAUGGCCAGGAGGCCACUACCCUGCGCUUGAAAGUAUUGCGAAUCCUACACAGAAGGAAUGCCACUGUAGCCAGCCCCUCCUGCGUCGACCGGAAGCUGACUUCAUCGUUCUGGGGGCGCAUGGCACAGCUGAACCUUCUCUUCAGUUCCCGUCCCUCAGCUUGAAUGCUCCAUGGAAGUCAGGAACGUCACUGAGUUUGUGCUGCUGGGACUCAGCAGCAACCCUGGGGCCCGGGUGCUGCUCUUUGUGCUGUUCUUGCUGAUUUACAUCUUGACCCUCGUGGGGAACCUGCUGAUGCUGGCGGUGAUCAGCUCUGACUCCUACCUUCGCACCCCCAUGUACUUCUUCCUGAGACACCUCUCCUUCAUGGAUGCCUUCUAUUCCUCGGUCAUUGUGCCUAGGUUGCUGAGGAGCCUUAUUUCUGAGUGGAAGACUAUAUCCUCCCUGGGGUGUUUCAUUCAGAUCGCCCUGGUCAUAUUUUCUGGGGCCACUGAAGCCUGCCUCCUUUCCGCCAUGGCCUACGACCGGUUCCAGGCUGUGUGCCAUCCGCUGCUGUAUGGGGUCACUAUGAGUGGAAAGGUGUGUUCUGGGAUGGUGGCCCUGUCCUGGGCCAUGGGAAUGAGCGUCAGCCUGACCAACACCCUCCUGCUGGCUCAGGAGCACUUCUGUGGCCCGAACCUCAUCCACAGCUUUGCCUGUGAGCUUCCUCCCGUGCUCUCGUUGGUCUGCUCUGACCCCCGCGCUACUGUCGCCUCCAUCCUCACCACCUUGGUGGUCUUGGGUCUCGGGACUCUUGUCCUACUGCUGGGAUCCUACAGCCGCAUCAUCACAGCAGCCCUGAGGAUCAACUCGGCCACAGGUCGGACCAAGAUCUUCUCCACAUGUUCUUCUCAUUUCCUUGUAGUCACCAUCUUUUAUGGCUCAGGAGUAUUCAGGUACAUGACACCAGCGUCCGGCUCAGCCCUGGAGCAAGUGUUAUCUCUGCAGUACAGUGUGGUGACCCCGCUGCUAAACCCCCUCAUCUACAGCCUGAAAAACAAAGAGGUAAAGGUGGCUCUGAGGAGGAUGCUGACCCGGAAGUCCAGACGGACCCUGUAGCCAGACUGCCCUGCUGUAGAGGGACGAUGCUGGAGGAGGAGAUCUUCCUGCUCAGCCACCUCCGUGGUUCCGCGACAGGGGUACAGUUUCUCUUCCUCCGCUGCCCUGCACCUCAUCAAGGGACAGAUAUUAGGAAACCUCCAGAACAGAGCAGGUGACACCUGGCCCAUCCACGAGAUCUAUUCCGUACAUUAGAAAGCCCCCAGGACUUCACUGGCCAUUUCCACAGCUAUUAAAACCAAUAUGGACCUGUCAGAACACUGUCGAGGAUAGUGUCACAUUUGGGAAAGCAGCCUCUUGGCUGAGGAAGACUCAGCUCACCAUUUGUUUCCAUCACAUACCACCACCCAAAAAAAAAUCCAUUGCAAGAUCUAAAUCUUCGUAAGCGAACAAGAAAUGAAAUGAGUGUGCUCUGGAGUCCUGUCUUCACUCAUAAAAGUGGUACCCAGAGAAGGGCUUACCAAACCCACAGCAAUUACCUGUGAGCGGUUUAAGGAGUGAGGGAAGAAGUGAGGCAUCCACCUGAAGAUGCCCUUCUCUUGCCUGCUCCUAGGAGGUGGGGAGAGUGAGGCGCGCCACCUAAUUGUGUGCGUCCUGAGGGCAGAACUCCUAAUAGCUUCUGGGCUACUAUAUACUGUUACUCAGUUACACUAGAUAACGGACAGAAAUUAAAGAAAGCUGGAGGAGGGGAAGGGAGGGGACAUUUGAAAAGGAACACUGUCUUCACAAGAAAUGUGUCAGAAAAUAUCCUAGAGGCCGGGGGUGGUGGCUCAGGCCUGUAAUCCCAGCACUCAGGGAGGCAGAGGCAGGUGUGAGUUUGAGGCCAGCGUGGUCUACAAAGUCCAGGACAGCCAGGGCUACACAGAGAAAGCCUGUCUCCAAAAGAAGAAGGAGGAGGAGGAAGAGAAGGAGGAGGAGACGGAGACAGAGAAGAAGAAGAAAAAGAAAAGAAAGAAAAUAUCCUAGAGGAGAGAUGAAAGAGAGAAAAAGAGAUUCCAUGCUGUAGCGCUUUCCUGAGGCCUCACCGUGAGCUCGGAGAAUGCUCUAUGACACGUCUUCCUCCAAGCCUUCCUGCCUCCUCCAGUCUGAACCGGAAGCAGUUCUACUUCCGGUUCAGACCUAGGGGAAAGGAGAGUUGGAGGAGCAGAGCGAACGUCCCGCUGCCAUCCUCCUGGACAUCCUGCUCACAGGAAGCCCUCCCAGACAGAGCCUCCGUUUCCUAUCCUGCUUCUUCACCUACCCCAAAAGUGUGCUUUUGUCAACAGCGCUGCCACCGGGGGAUGAAGGGUAGGACACGGGCCUAGGAAAGAACAGCACCCUCCUCAUUCCGUGGAUAUAAUCACGCCAGCAUGUGAGGUGACAGCAUGUGGCUGUCACCUGUCAUUUCAUAGUGUACACGUCUGCCAGAGUCCGUCUUUCACCUGUACCAUCCCAUGUGGGAGAAGCAAGAGGGAGAGGAAAGGAGGGCUGGCACGACCUCUGGCCGUCAGACGGGAUAAUCACGCUUGAAUGAAUCACAAAGUAGCAUCUAUUUUUACAAGACAUCUCAGAACUCCGAGCAUACCAUAUUAAUUCUUGACUAAGGGAAGUGCAUAAUAAGCUGGAGAGGAAAAGAACAGACUAAGGAACGCGAGUGCCUAAGGGCUGCGAAUGCUGACCUCAAAUGCCCUCAGCUGCCCCUCAGACGGGAACAUUACCAGCUUGCUCUACUUAAUGGGUUGUUUUUCCACAGAGAAACUGACCUGAGGGAAAGCACAUUUUAAAAACUGGCCUAAAGUACUGAUGUGUAAUAAUAGCACGCUUCCGAAUGCUAACCGGUAGCAAUAAAUGACGGGUUUGUUUUUUUUUUAACUGCCUCCUUGCUGGCUCCCUGUUCUUGCUCCUCCAAUCA